UUCGUUUAUUCGUUGCGGUCGCUGUUGUUCGUCUCGUCUUUCCUCUUCCUCUGUCGACUCCAAGAAACGACCCAAAACCCUAAUCUCCGAUUGGGAAUGGCGAGCAGCAAUCUACCCCCGAGGAUCAUCAAGGAAACCCAGAGAUUGCUCAGCGAACCGGCUCCUGGGAUCAGUGCAUCUCCGUCGGAAGAAAACAUGCGCUACUUCAACGUGAUGAUCCUUGGCCCGGCACAGUCUCCUUACGAAGGAGGUGUUUUUAAGCUUGAAUUGUUCUUGCCUGAAGAGUACCCAAUGGCUGCCCCCAAGGUCCGCUUUCUAACAAAAAUCUACCAUCCGAAUAUUGACAAGCUUGGACGUAUAUGCCUUGAUAUACUUAAAGAUAAAUGGAGUCCAGCCCUACAAAUUCGGACUGUGUUGCUGAGUAUUCAAGCACUGCUAAGUGCUCCAAACCCGGAUGACCCGCUUUCGGAGAAUAUUGCAAAACAUUGGAAGACAAAUGAAGCCGAAGCCGUAGAAACAGCAAGAGAAUGGGCUCGUCUGUACGCAACUGGAGCAUAACGACAUACAUGGAGAGAAGUUUUAACAUGUAAGUGCUGGAAACUGAUCAUAAAUUGCCAACAUUCGCACUGGUGUUGAUCAUUUUCGUAGUCGUGGCACUUUUUUAAUGUAUCAGUGUAAACCUUAGUUUUGUCAGAUUCCAAUGGUUUGCUACUACAGUGUUCCCCAUUUAAUGUCGGUAUCAAAUUUAUGCCUGGGUUGGUGUGUUUGCUUAA